GUUAUGGUGAGGGGAGCCGCCUCACGAUUGUACCAGGGGUGACGAGUUUGGCGUGCACGUUCUAAAGCAGUGGAGUGUUGCUGAUCAACGUUCCGAGCGCAUGUGGCUACUAGAACGCAAGUGCCUCCUGGUCUGGAGUGAGAAGCGGGAUUCGAAGGUUGAGUUGUGCAUCGGGAUCGGGUGUACGCUUGUUGUACUUGCGAUUGUCGAGCUUAUGUCUGGAAGAGGUCGGGGGAGAACCGGCGGGAGGAAGGGUAAGUGGUCAAAUUGCGGGCGUUUUUGGAUGGAUCACAGCAGCAACCAGACUCGUGCGCCGACCUCGUAUGCUGAUGGCAUGUCCUAUCAACCCCAAGGCCCACCCAUGCAACCUCCUGCAAUGGCGUACCAGGCUCAUGGUGUUACCAAUCCGUCUCCGCCUACAAUGAUGCAGCAGCAGCUUCCAGUGGGCAUGCAAGGGGGUUUUAUGCUUCUAAUUUUGUCGUCUGCUCAAGCGACUACUAUGCUGCCGCUUCCGCAGUACCAGCCGAUAGGGUGGGGCGCUCAACCUUGGGCACCUGUUGGGCAGGCACCUCCGGUGAGUAUUCCUCAACCGCCUGCCCUUCAACAGGGUAAUCAAAGCCAAGGGGGUGAUCGACUGUCACAGAGCGGGAACGGGAAAGGCCCGGCUGCGAACGCCUUUCCUGGACCCGGGAACCGAGCCUAUUUUACCAAAGAAUAUAUGGAUAUACUAGAAGGGAUUAAGUGCGAGAAAGCAGUCGAGGAUGCUAAGAAGAAGGUAGCGGCGGGUAGACGUUCUGGCGCCAGUAUCAGGAUUGUUGAUUUGACUGAUGAACCUAGGAACCUUGUCUCACAUCCUAGGAACCAAGCUGAGCAGCCUGCAGAUAAGGCUGAGGAAAUGAAAGCUUGGGUUACGGCCACCUUAGGUAAUUCCCUCAAACUCAUCUCUGAUAAGCUUGAGCUGGUAGACAAACGGUCGAAGCUUGCAGACGAUGAGAAGCUAAAACUUGAGAGACUUAGGGAGGAGAAGGCUAGAUCUGAGAAGGAAAGUAAGGAGGCAUCCAACAGCGAGAAGCGGAACAGGCGUGUCGAGCGGACUCCCGUGGAAGCAUCCCCUCUGGUGAGUCGGGCCAAGCCACGUACUCGCGCCAGUGCGAAGAACAAGUCCCGAUCCAAGCGGAUCGACUUGUCCAACAAUAAUAGCGGAAAGGCUGAUGUUAAACAGAAUCUGCAGGCGAAAGUGAAUAGUAACAGUGAUCUAGCCGAUAUCAAGAAACUCCUCGUCUCUCUAGUGCAAGAGGUUGGUGACCGCAAAGGGAAGGGCCCUGCCAUGAAGCCUGUGACCAACCAACACAUACCUACUGAGGACUCAGAGGAUAUCGAUCUAGCUCAGAACGGCCAACACAUCGAGAUGGAUGAUGAAGAGGAAGAAGCUGACAAAGGUGGGCUGGCGGCCUGCAUGAAACUGCGACUCGAAUUCUAUACUUCGCUACAGUAUACUCGCAUUCAAGAGCUUUGCAAACAAAAAUAUAUCCAAUACUUUCGAAAGGAGCUGGGUGCGUGGGAAUUGGCACGCAUCGGCCUUUAGGAGUAUGCUGACUCCAUCAGCGAAAACCGA